AUGUGGAAAGUUUUGUUUCGUGUUGUAUUUGGGUUGACUUUUGUGUCAAAUUCGCUAUCAUCGGCAUUGCUUCGCGAUAUUCAUCCAAAAGCUUUUAACAUCAGACGAGUUUCUCGUAGAUUAGUUAAAAAAGGAAUCGAUUUCUUCUUUUCCGGUCUUUAUAACACACAAGGAAAAGAGCACGAACUUGGGGCUGACUUUGGAUUUACUGGUGAUAUGUACACGAAAAAUAAUCCAUAUUAUACUAACCACCCAACCCAAUUCUUUGAGAGUCUCGGUUUAAAGAAAAUAACUUUAAAGAAACCUGAACCAGUUUAUUAUCCUGUUUAUAAUCAUUCACUUACUCAAGAUGGAUCGUCAUCUGAAGAUACAUUUGAUACAGCAUAUCCGCCGUCUUCAUAUGGUCCACCAAGUUAUAGCGUUCAAAGUGUUCCAAGUGUUCCAAGUACAAGUUAUGGAACUCCAAGUACAAGUUAUGGACCUCCAAGUACAAGUUAUGGAACUCCAAGUACAAGUUAUGGAACUCCAAGUACUCAUCACGACAGUGGGACAGCUUCAUACUAUCCACAAUAUCAGCAUUCUCAUGGGCCGCCACCUUCCACAUAUUAUCCAUCAUCACCUCCAACAGCACCAUCAUCGGAAUCACAAAAAUCAAGUGUCGGAUGGCUUUGGUCCAAAUUCAUGAAGAAAUUUGAUUUGAUCAUCAUGUCGAAAAUUCUUAUCAAGUUAAUCAUCUUUAAGAAGAUCGUCAAAUUUAUUGCCUUGAUUUGUUUGUUGAUGUUUUUGCCGAUUCUCAAGAAGAAAUUCGAGGAAAAUACUGGAAGUGAAAGUGAUGAAGAAGAAGAACGACGACUUAAAGGACUUGAUGCUUAUGCAAAUGUUGACAUUCGUCUUAAAGAAAUUGUGAACUUUGCAUUUACUGCAAUUGAAGCUUUUGAGAAAAAUGACAUUCCAUGGUGCGUGGGCGAAAGUGAAUUUUAUUGUCGCUUCCAAUUGAUGCUUGACAAUGUUGAUUUGAGAUAUCCUGGCGACAGAAUUAUAGAAAUUUGGUUCCCAAAAUUACAAACAACUGAGUCACCACCAGCUGUUUCAUCAGAAGAAACAAAUGACGAUGAAGGGAACGUCGACUUUAACGAUUACAUUUCUGAAUCACCCAUCGAACAGCUUGAAGAUGAAAAUAAAUCAAGCGAAAACAAUAUCGACAAGUUCAACGCCAUGUUUAAACGUUAAAGCAUUGAAAUGAUUUAAAAACUUUUAAGUUAUUUAUGAAAUAUUUGGUUAAAUUACAAAAAAGAAAUUGAACGUAUCGAUGCAUUGAAAUGAAAAUGCAAAUCAGCCACAAUUAUUGAGUCUGAUCACG